AUGUCUUGUUGUCAUACAAGGAGGCUGCUGUUCAGGGUGUUAUUAGACCUGAUAACCAUCUCUUUAGUGGCAUCAGGGAUUCUCAUUAUCCAGGGAACUAAACCUUACCACCGUGGGUUUUUCUGUGACGAUGAGAGCAUCCAAUAUCCAUUGCUGUCAAAUACUGUGCCAAUGCAGUUGGCAGUUUAUGUGGGGAUUUCAGUUCCUGUGGCAGUGAUUGCCCUGUUUGAAUUUACCUUGCGAAAUAGCCACAGAGCAGAUGUAAUUUCUCUCAGAAACGCAAACACAGGAGGAAGUAGGUCAUGGCUCAUCGCUACUUACAGUACAGUAGCUGUUUUCAUUUUCGGCAUGGCGGUAACACAGUUUUUGACAGACAUGGCAAAGUUUUCACUGGGGAGAUUAAGACCACAUUUUCUGGCGCUGUGCAAUCCUGACUUUUCUAAAUUUAACUGCAGCGAUGGAUAUAUUACUGCUGAUGUCUGCACAUUCAAAGAAUCCUUCACAGCUAUGGAUGCCAGGUUGUCUUUCCCUUCUGGACAUUCGUCAUUUUCCAUGUAUUGUAUGCUGUAUGUAAUAUUGUACUUACAAGCAAGAAUUGUGUGUAAAAUAGCUGUAUUGCUCAAGCCGUUUGUCCAGCUGGUCUUCUUCUCAUUGAGUUUCUUCACAUGCCUCAGUCGUAUAUCAGACUACAUGCACCACUGGAGCGAUGUCCUAGCCGGUGCUGUUUUAGGCAUUGUAGUCUGUGUUUGUGUGGUUUUAUCUUUGACUGAUUUUGGUCAGUAUCUCUUUCACCGUGGGUCGGUUUGUGAAGCAGAAAGUCAGCCUCCUGUAUCAAGCAGCAGUCAGGACGUUGAGGAAGGAUCUGGGACACCGUUUUAUGGAAGCACAUCCUACAAACAUCUGGAAAGUCAAGAACAGCAACGACUUCUGCAGCCGGGACAACCAAAAUAA